AUGAUUGCUAAAAAUUUUAUAAGAUUAAUACUUAAAGUAAUUUAUGGUUUCAUACAGUUGUUUAUGGUACUAUUAGGAAUAGUUUUAAUCUUUGCUUUAUGGUCAAUUUAUAUUGCAAUCCAAUCACCACUAAAUUUACACUAUAAAUCACUACAAUUCAUAUCAUCAAUAUGUUUAAUUUUAAUAAUCAAUGGAAUAGCAGGAUUUAGAACAAUUUUUAAGAGAAGUAAAUUCCGAGUCUGUAUCUAUAUCUUUACACUAGUGGCACUAAUAAACUUACAAUUCAUCCAGUUACUAAAGAAUAAUGAAUUUGUGGAAAAGAAUUAUGAUUGGACAAAUAUAAAAUGGGGACUUUUAAAUGAUAAUCAAAGAAGUCAUUUACAAACAGCAUUUGGGUGUUGUGGAUUUAAUAAUCCCUCAGAUAGACCAGGAUCAAAAUGUGUAUCAACAGAAGGUUGCGUUAAAAAAUUUUUAAAUGUCGGUUAUAAUUUAAGAAAGAAAAGCAAUGCAAUAAUUUUUAUUCUUUAUUUUCUAGAAAGUUUAGGUCUUUGUAUCAUCUCUUAUUUAAAAUUUAUUCGUCAAUAA